AUGUCGUCACAACCUUCUGAUAUGCUCUCGCGGCUUGGGAGCGAGCCAUUAGACAACCUUGAUUCACCAUGUCAUGAUCCUACACUGUCCUCUCCUUCCAUAACCGCCUCGGCCGCUACGAAAAGGCGCUACUCCAAAGUGUGGCACUAUACACCCGUCGGCCGCAACGAGGUUACUCUCAAUGCGAAGGGGAAGUCAAUAUGGCGCUGCAAGUACUGCGCAAAGGAGUAUCUCGAGUCUGGUGGAACAACUGUUAUUUCAACUCAUUUAAAGGAUCGGCAUAAUAUCGAUAUAUCUUCUACCCAAGAAACCCGAACUGCAUUGAUGCAAGCCACAAUCGUCGACGCCUUCGAAAAGGCCCAUCAAACCACCGACUAUAAACGCCGCUGUCUAUCCACGAUUGCAACUCACGAUGUAGACCCCGCCGUCCUCGAACAACUAUACGUACGGUGGAUCACGACCUGCAGCGUCUCUUUUCGUAUGGCAAAGCAAGCAGAAUUCAGGGCCUUACUUUGCUUCCUGAAUCCAGCGAUCGACAACUGGCUGCCAAACUCUCCUUCAACUAUACGCAGUUGGACCUUGCGGAUAUAUGAGACCCAGAAACUUCGAGUCAAACGCGAGAUCCAGUCAGCUCUCUCGAAAGUACACUUCACAGUUGAUCUCUGGACUUCGCCUAAUGCCCUUGCGAUUCUUGGCAUUGUUGCACACUAUACAUCCGAAUCCGGCCAGUUAGAAUACUCCGUUCUGGCUUUAAGAGAACUCGACGGCAAGCACUCGGGCCCAAAUAUGGCAGACUGUGUUAUGGAAAUUAUCAACGACUAUGGAAUUGCCUCCAAAGUGGGCUAUUUCAUGAUGGACAAUGCAGACAACAACGGUACAAUGAUGAAGGCUCUUUCUACGCUACUUUUCGACCAGUAUCAGAUUGUCUACAAUGCGGAACACCACCGCCUGCGCUGCAACGGCCAUAUCAUAAACCUAGCCGCUCAGUCCUUUCUCUUUCAGACCAACGAUGAAUCUCUUGCAGAUGAGAAUAAUACGAGCGCCUUGACAACGCCCACGGAACUCGAGAUGGAGCAAUGGCGACGCAAGGGGCCUCUUGGGAAACUACAUAAUAUCGUGGCAUAUAUCCAGCGGAGCCCACAACGCUUGGCCAAUUUCAGAGAGCUCAGUGGCGGCCGCAACCUCGUACGGGACAACUCUACUAGCUGGAACUCUUGGUAUGCGAUGAUCCGUACUGCAACGAAGCUCAAGACUGCGAUCAACCUCUUUUGCCACCAGUAUCAAGAGAACAGCGACGACCCGUUGUCGGAAAAGGACUGGCAAGAAUUGCAAAAGCUCCAGGACUUCCUGUUGUUCUUCUAUGAUGCCACAACAGGGACAGAAGGUCGCAAUGCAACCAUUGACAGAGUAUUGCCGACAAUGGACUUCCUCCUUGAGCAGUUCGAGACUGCAAAGGAAAAAUAUGCGAAUGACCCGUUCAUGAGUCCUUGUUGCAACUCUGGCUGGGCCAAGCUGGAUAAGUAUUACAGCUUGACGGACAGAUCGCCGGUCUAUAUUGCAGCACUAGUAUUAUCUCCACAGUGGAAGUGGGACUAUAUUGACAACAAUUGGCCUUCAGACUGGCGGGAACCUUGUCGGAAACAAAUGUUGGAUUUCUGGACCAAAGAAUAUAAAUCCACUGCAGUCACAGUCCCUACUCAGACGUCAGAAGCCGGUAAUGAGGUCAAGAACUCCUUUCACAAGUGGGCGCAGCAGAGGAAAGGGAGCAGCCUCGGUCAGGACGAGUAUACAAAGUAUCUUCUUGCUCCAAUAGUACCAGAAAUGACGGAUCCUCGAUCCUGGUGGCUUGAGCCUACUCAAAGGAAGUCUUACCCAGCUCUGUCUAUCAUGGCUUUAGAUGUAUUGUCCAUUCCGGCAAUGUCGGCGGAGCCAGAACGCCUGUUUUCGGGUACAAAGAUCACUAUUACAGACCGUAGGAAUCGCAUGGGCAUUGAAAGUAUUGAGGCUACGGAAUGCCUCAAAUCAUGGCUUGGCAAAGGCAGCAGGGUGGCCUUUGCCGACGACCUGGAUGCAGGCGGAGAGAUUCCACUAUAA